GACUGACCUCUGCUGCACUGAAGGCGGCUCGGAUAGGGCCGAGAUGAAGGCCAACAAGAUUAACAAGCCUUCGAAGCCAAAAGAUCCUUCCAACCCCAAACCGAGGAAGCGCAAGGAGCGCACCGAGGAGAGGGUUGAAAUGACCGAAAAGGCUUUGGCGAAGGCCCGAGCCGAGCAGGAGGCUGCCGCCAAGAAGGCUAGAAAAGAUCCUAGCAUCGAGGUGAAUAGUCCUCGACCCGAUUCAGAAGGUGGGGGGACACAUGUCUCGGUCCACCCUUCAGACUUCGAGCCUGUUCGGAGUCCGGGGUACGAACCGGGGCCUCUCACCAUUCUCCGACCGAGCGCUCUUUAUCCGAGGCACCGGUCCCGUUUACGCAAAUGUCCAAGACGGACAAGAAGAAGAGGAUCUCCGAUGCGUUGGAGAUCCUAUGUACUCAAACGGACCGGGACCAUAUCAAUGAGGUCAACCCAAGGAAUGAGUCGAGUGAGCUCUUCCGCUCUUGGAUGGACUUUUCCAUCCGGAUGACCAAGGUAGCCGAAGACCGGCUCGCCCUGGUGCAAGAGGUCUCGGACCUGAAGCAGGCGGCUCGGUCGCACUUUCGAUGAAGUGUACCAGGCCAAGGAGGCCAAACGGAUUGCCGAGCUGCGCUUGGAGGAGGCCAACAAAAAGAUCGAGGACGGCGAGGCGACCUGGAACCAAGAGAAGGAGGAUUGGCAGAUCGAAAGGACCAACCUCUCUCUUGCCAAGGAAAACGCCGAGUCCGCCAAAGCUACGGCCGAGACCAAGCAAGCUCAGGCCGAGAAAGAUCUGGAGGAGGUCCGGCUCAAACUUUCAACAACCGAGGCUCAACUGAAGGAAGCCCAAGCGGCCGUUUCUCGCUCUCAGGAGGAGUGGUUCCAAGUUUGGCAGAAGUCGGAUGACUGUACCGAUUUCUGUGCCGACGUGGGCCAGUCUUCCCAUAAGAUGGGCGAGGACGAGGCGCUUGGUAGGCUUAAGGUGGCCUUUGCUGAUUCUGUCCCGGGGCCGACUGGAAUUCGGUCUGGUCUCGCUACCAGGAGCUGGCCGAUGCCGAGGCAGCUGAGAUCAAGCCGGAUGCCCGAAGAGCUGAGCUCGGACAGCGACUCUGACUCCGAUGAUGGAGAGGAAGAUGCGGGGAGCACCGAGCCACCUCCACCAGAGCAACCUGCGGCCGAGCAACCUGCCACUGGUCCUUCUACUUAGCUUCCAUAGGAUUUUAUUUUCUUAGCUUUGGCCUUGUCGGCCCUUUUAGCUUUUCUGCCUUCCGACCCCCAACUUUUGUAAACUUUUGGUUGUAUUUUACAACUUUAAUCAAUUGGAAUACAACUACUAUUUUGCAACUCGUCAUUUGUCGCAUAUUUUUCGUUAUUUGCAAUAUUACAACAUUCAAUAGACAAUAAACUGGUUAAGUUUUGCUUGCCUUUUUGUUCAAAUAAUAGACUGGUUAAGUCUCUUUCAUUUCUGGGGUAUAAAACCGACUUGGUACAUGGACUGGUUAAGUCCGAGUUACAAUUUGAU